AUGAGCAGAAGCUUCUUUCCCAAUAGAAGCGGAAAUGCCCUCCCUGUAUCCACCACGGGCGAUGAUGCAGGAGGAGGAGGCAUUCGCAGACGUCUAUCGAGUUCCUCCCUCAACAACAUCCCUGCAGCAGCAGCUAAUUGGUCAUUUCCCAGAUCCAAGUCCCUUCCCUCCUCAUUCUCAUCCGUAGGUGAUUCUGUAAAAACAUGGUGGCUCUGGAUUUUCGCCUGGAUCCUCUCCAGGAAACCUAUCUUUGCAACAGAUCUAGAAAUGAACGAGCAGGAAACAAAGCACCUGGCAUCCGGCGAGAGAGGAAGUUGGAAACAUGUUUUCUACAGGAUGCGUUCUGAGAUAAAAAGAAUCACCCAUUCUCAAGACUCUCAUCUUCCUCAAACCUACACGCCAAACCCACAAACAGUGAUAUAA